CAGCAGGCACAACAAGUACAUCUAGCAGCCAUGCAGGCACUGCUGUUCUACACUGUGGCGUCCCUAGCGGCGAUGGCAGCGGGCGAAGCGCCCUCCACCAGCUACGGCGCACCCUCCCGCCAGCUGCCAGGCCAGCCCCAGCGGCUCCAGGCGCAGCAGAAGCAGCAGCAGCAGCCACAGGCCUUCGCCCAGUCGCAGGCGCAGCCGUCAUUCGCGGCCCCGCUGCCAGUCUCUGGACUUUCCGCAGGCAGCUUCCGCCCACAGUUCUUCAUUCCAGCACAGGACUUCUCUCGCCUCACUGACUCCUACCACCUGCCCACGUUCACUACUUCCGCCCCCACCACCACUGAGGCUGCCACCACCACUACUGAGGCUCCUUACAACUAUGGCAAGGCGGAGCUGCGUGAGGCGGAGGAGAGCGGCGUGUAUUACGUGCUGCAGCCAGAUGGCCGCCUGCAGCGCAUCGCCUACGCCCACGGUCCCGCCCCCGUCUCCGCCGCCCCCAAGCAGCAGCAGCGCGCCGCCUCCAGUGAGCUGUCUGCCCUGCAGCAGCCAGCGCUCACCCCCGGCUACCUGGCGCGCUUCCAAUACCAGGACCUGCAUCCUGCUGGCGCUCCUAUCUACUCUUACAAGCAACCAGAGCUUGUGCGGAUCAACUAGGCUCCUUUGAUAUAUUGUGAUGCACAAUAAGCUGUUGCUUUCAAUAUGACAAUCAUGUCAGACAAAUAAUUUGGUUACAAUACUUCCUUUUAUAUUUUAGUUCCUUGUUGACUACUGUUGUAAGACCACAUAAUGUAUAUUAAAUGUUUUUUAUCAUUCAGGAAAUUCUUCUUUAAUAAACCAUAUUAUCAGUGCUUUACGUUUCAAAGAACAUGAUCCUGCAAUGGCAACUUGUGGAAAAGUUAUUAGAUACUGUUAAUGUAGCAUAGUAACUGUCAAAUAAGGCACAGCGCAGUCUCUCCAACUGUAUAGACCAACCAUUAGUUAUCUGACAAUGUAGAAAAACUCAUACAGCUAUUUGAUGAUAAUAUGUAAAAAUAUUUUUUGAAUAAUGAGAAAAAGUUAGUUAUUCUCUUUGAGAAUUGGAAAACUGUGAUUUUGAUACAAGACUGAAAUUAUACAGUAAGAAAAUGAAAAGAAGAAGAUGUAGGACAACAUGGUCAGACACCAAGUAAUGGACUGGAAAGCCAUCUGGUACAGUAUUGUAAAGCAUACAACAUAAUAACUCCAAAACUCUUUAUUUAAAAACAUUGAAUGGUUUUACACAUGGACACGCCAGAAAAUUUCCAUAAGUAACGUAAUGGUUCUUUGUAGGCUUCUGUUGUAAGAUCAUGCAAUGUAUAUUAAUUAUUUUUUAUCAGUCACAAAAUCCUU